CCCCAUGAUAAAAAUAGAAGCUCCUAGCCAGCUAGCCGAACUCGAGGCUAGAGCUUGUAAGCGCGCGCGGCACCGCUCUAGCCACGCUAGAGCGGACGGACGGACGGACGGGCGGACGUACGUACGUACGUACGGACCGGCGCACCGGCGCGAGCGAGCCUGUGCCCGUGCGGAUGCUGACGAUGAUGCUAAUGUCGGUGCCGUUGCUGCCGAUGUUGCGCACCGAGCUAGAACCACAUCGUCCGCCGCCGUCAACGUGAAGAAAGCGCGCCCGCGCGCGCGCGCGCGUGCGUGCAACGUCCACGUGUGUGCGUGUGCCCGGUUGCGUGCGUACGUGCAUGCGUAUGCGCGUGCAUGUGCACGCGUAACCGUGAGUUCGACUCCGUUUUGCGUUUUCCUCCACGUCUUACUUCCUCCUUGUAACCCGUCUCGAGAUAGACUCAGUGCCCGCCGAGGUUUCAUCGUGGGUCUAGUCCCGUGGCUCUUAGUCAUCGACCGUUCCACCGUAGGUAGAUCUCCUGGCGGGUGACUCAUCAGAGAGAGCCCGGUCGGGUCUUCGUUUCCCGAAGAAAGCGCCAGGUCGGAAGAGAAGAGCUUUCGUGCCGUCGAAAAACGGAGAGAUCGAGCGAGAAAGAAGAGGUGGACGGGACAGGAAGAUAGGGAAAGAGAGCGAAGACCCGGUGGAGGCGGACGUGAGAAGGCGGCGGCGAGGGCGACGUGCAAGACUACGGCGACGUCGGAAGAGAAGGUGGCGGAGAAUGGGGCGACGCGCAGGGCAAGGCGAGUGCAGACGUUGCUGACGAGAGAGCACGAGCGCAAUCACGACGACGAUAACGAUCACGACCAAGACGAAGACGAAGACGAAGACGAGGGAAACGAGAGUGUCCAAGAGUAGCGGUAGGAGGAGAAGACGGAAGGGAGGGACGAGGGAAGCGUGAAAACGAACGACAGUGCCUGCGGUAAUUGCGAGAGAGAUGCAGCAACAACCGCACUCCGGCCAGCAAUCCGGGGCGCCGAACGGGGUGGCGGGGGGCGCCCAAUUUCCACAAACAGGUGGCAUAAGCCCGGCGCAACCUGGCGCGACCGGCACCGCCGCGAGUCGCGCGCAAGUUAACGGGGGCAGAUUCGACUUCGACGACGGCGGGACCUACUGCGGCGGCUGGGAGGACGGCAAGGCCCACGGCCACGGCGUGUGCACCGGGCCCAAGGGCCAGGGCGCCUACUCCGGCAGCUGGCAUUUCGGCUUCGAGGUGUCCGGCGUCUACACCUGGCCUAGCGGGUCAGCCUACGAGGGACAAUGGCAGAACGGCAAGAGGCACGGCCUGGGCAUGGAGACCCGUGGUCGUUGGCUUUACCGGGGAGAGUGGACUCAGGGGUUCAAGGGUCGUUAUGGGGUCCGGCAAUCUACUACCUCCACGGCGAGAUACGAGGGCACGUGGUCCAGUGGUCUGCAGGACGGCUACGGCUCCGAGACUUACGCCGACAGCGGUACCUAUCAAGGCCAGUGGCUUCGCGGCAUGCGGCACGGAUACGGGGUGAGGGCGAGCGCGCCGUUCGGUUUGGCUAGCCAUUACAAACCUCCGAAGCAAGUGAGAGCGUCCUUGACGUCGUUGAGGAGCGCCGACGGAGGACCAGCGGUCGCCCCGACGCCGGAACCCACCGACAGGAGGGAUCGACGUGUAGAUGACAGCCGGGGAGGAUUCGUCCUGAAAGCCAGGAGCGACGAUCCGCCCGCUCGAAGAAAGAGCCUCACCGAAAAGUCCCUGAAGAAGGGCAUUCUCUCGGGUCUCAAGAUUCGAAAGCAGAGGAGUACGGGAGAUUUGGAGAAGCGCGGUACUGGCGGUAGCAUCAGGAGUAACGCCAGCUCGGCGUCGUGGAUGUCGACCGAGAGCUCGCAAAGUCAAGCCUCGGCCUCGGUUCACACAGACAGUAAUGCGUCCUUUGUCAUCGAGGACGAACAGAUGGACGCGUCGGUAACCGAGACGUACCUAGGGGAGUGGAAGAACGACAAGAGGACUGGCUUCGGCAUAUCCGAGAGAAGCGACGGACUACGAUACGAAGGCGAAUGGUUCAACAAUCGCAAAUACGGUUACGGUGUCACCACAUUCCGUGACGGGAGCAAGGAGGAGGGAAAGUACAAAAACAACGUGCUUAUCACCAGCCAGAAGAAGAGGCACCUCUUCCUGAUCAGGUCCGCCAAGUUCCGCGAGAGGAUAGAGGCGGCAGUAAGUGCAGCUCAGCGGGCGAGUAAGAUCGCUCUGCAGAAGGCCGACAUCGCUAUCUCCAGGACGGCGACGGCGCGAGGUAAGGCGGAGCUCGCCGAUAUCGCCGCCGAACACGCCAGAGAAGACUCCGAGCUGGCGCAACAAACGGCGAGACAGUUCGCGCCGGACUUCCGACAACCGGGUUUGGAGAGGCUGCGGAACAGGGAGAUACCCAAGUAUGUCCCGCCGCCGCACGAUUCUGUGCCGAGCAAGAGCAUCCUGCACAAGACGGCCAGCGUGGACCAGCCUAGCGGCGCCACGCCGGUCAAGAGCGCCUCGUUGGCCGUUGACCUCACAACGACGGCGACAACGACGACGAUGAACGCGAUGCCAGCGUCCGCGGCGAACAACACCGCCAGCAACGUGAUGCAGUCGAUACGUAGGACCAGUAUGAAGCCGUUGCCACAGAAUCAGCCGCCCAUGCAAAACCAGAUACCGAAUCAGGUGCCGCUGGCGAACCAGGCCAUGAACCAGCUCAACGCGCAGCAAUCUUCGCUGACCAGUCAGAAUCCGUACCAACAGUAUCCGUAUCAGCAAAACGUGUUGCAGAACCCGGUUCCGGUGAGCCAGUACUCGAACAGUAUAUCGAAUCAGUACCAACCAAACCAGUACAGCCAGCAGCAUCAGCAGUUCGUCCAGAACAAUCCGUACCAAUAUCAACCGGCUAAUCCAUCUCAGGUUGAGCAAUACUCCGAUUAUCAGCAACAGCAGCAACAGCAGCAACCAAUCGGGUCGCACGACUUCCAAAAUUUGCAGGCUUAUCCCAGUCAGCAGACGGUAAUUCCCAAUCAAUACGGGCCUGGUCAGAUGAAUCAGUUCAAUUCACAGUCGAUAUACGCGCAACAAACGCACCCGUCGCAGCAAUACCAGCCUGAUGGUAUCAUGGAUGCGGCGAGGCCACCGAGCUCCACGAGUUUACGAAGAAACAGUAGAGUCCUGAGUCCUCAGGAUCGACCUGGCGUUAUUGGCCAAACGCUAAACGACAGAUUGGAUCAUUACAAGAGGCCACCUAGUCGUGACAGUUCCGUAGAUCGUUAUGCCAGAGCGCAUUCCCGGUUGACUGGAUCAAGGCAGCCAUCCGUCGAGCAAACCAUAUCGAAUCCACCUCCGGACAUGCUCGACAGCAGAUCGACGAGAGCCCCGAGUGUGAUACGAGCGGGGACGCCGCUGAACGGUUCCGUGAUAGGCAGCGGCGCUGCGACGCCGACGUACAACGUGCCGACGCCCAGCCAGGGGUUCGAGGGGGCUCUCAUAAAAAACCGUGGCCUUGGACAGGACAUCCUGCCGAGUCCUGGGCAGCCUAAGCGCACCGAGAGCCUCUACGUGGCUCGCGGACCGUCCGGUGGCGGUGGCGGUGGUAUUGUGCCGAAGGCGAUGCCGGUGGCGGCAAUGCCCCUUCAACGAAAGAAGUCACUGCCGGACGUGGCGCAGCCGAUCCAGCUCACGGCCACCGCACCAAUGUCGAGGGAAGAAGUUAGUUUCCUGAGCAGCAUGAGGAGAGAGGAGAUCCGCAGGCAGAUCGACGAGAGCGAGAGGCUCAGAGCAAAUCCGCUUUUGUACCUGGUCAGUCCGCAGGUUAAAGACUGGUUCUCCCGCCAGCAGCUCGUGAUGCUGGUGCUGUUCAUCAACAUAUCCCUAGCUUUGAUGUUCUUCAAGCUGCUGACGUAGCAGCCAGCCGACGAUCGGGUUCACGGACUCGUGAACGUGGACGUGACCUGAGACCCGGUGGCACCGCGACGCUUUGGGUCGUCACCGAGCCAGAAUUUCGAAGGGAAACGGCGGUGUGGCCGCAACGAAUCGCCGGGAACGGCUUUCACGAGCGAUUCACUUGGUCUUACGCGCCGCCGGCGCUACGCUACGAGGGGGAAUAUUUCGAUCCGAAUCCGACGGGAGGAGGGAACUCGAAGAGGAUCAGAGCCGAAGCGGGGAUUUUGUCGCGCGAAGGCGAUCGUAGUCGAAUUUUGAGAGAUCGCGAGAAAAUCCGAGCAGCCAUGGAAACAGAGGGGGCGACUUCGACACGAGAACGUUCCUCCGUGAUGUCGCGGGGAUCUACGGCGAAUUCGCCUUUGAGUAUUGUAAAUUAAAAGGGACUUGAGCGUCAAAGGGAAAGAAAGAAGAAGAGACGAUUGCACCGAAGGUCUUUCGCACACCCAGGAACGGGAUUUGCGUCUGUGAAAAGAUUUUUUGCUAAAACGUUUCAGAGACUUGGCGCUUAGAUCUCUUUUAAUUGGCAGGCUGAUAUUUAUUGGGGGAAAAUUUUUGAGAAAACAAAAACGAUGAAACUCCCGAACGCAAUUUGUCGUUCGCGCGAGAGGGAGGCAUCGACACGUCUUUUGGAAGCGGGAGGCGCGCCGCGCACUCCGACGCCUGUGUAUCAUACCUAUUUUUACACCAAAUACUUUAAUAACGCUACUUGUAAGAGUAGGUCGAGCCCUCUCGGGCGGGCCGCCGAUCGAUCGUAUCCGACGUACGAAUCUUCUUCUCUAGUCAUAAUUUUCUCCUUUCUGACGAUCGGCUCGAGCGCAGUAACAGCGACGAUCGAAUUUUCAACGAGUCAGCCGCUCACCUGUAACUAAAGCCAACGGCACACUAUUUUCCCUACUGGAUCGCUCACUAACUCUGCUUCCCGAUUGGCUCUCGUGAGCAAUCCGGUAGGAAAAGUAGUACCGCGCGCCGUUGGCUUAAGGCUAGCGCUAACUCGAGUCAAUGCGGCACUCAAGGUCGAAUUGUCCGAAUCGCACUUACGGCUAUUUCCCUAAGAGUAGCGAUUAUUACAAUUAGCAAUGAUUGUAAUUGUAGCCGUGGUGCCGACGCGCGCGCGAUGUAAAGAUUCGUUAACGCGCAUCCGAGCAUUUAUAGCGUUCCACAAUGGUAAACGUAAGUCGUAAGAUUUACUAUAAACAGAGAGGAGACCCGCGUAGAUAGGUCUCAUAGUCGUCCAACUUUUACGAGCCCCGCGGGAUUAUAGUUACAAUUACUGUCGUUGAACACGGACGGUCGAGAUUUGUGAAUCCAUCGAGCCGUCCCUCGUCUAGAUUACGGAGUCGCCCGAUAGUGAGAUGCGUCAGCCCGGAUGUGAACCGCGUACAAAGUCGAGAAAUAGAUUUUCGAAUGCGAGUUAGCUACCGGCGAGGGUGAGGAAUCCGAAGGUUGACGCGCUUGUUGUUCGUCGACGCGAGGCGUCGACGUUGUUUUCCCACGAAGCGCUUCACAUUCUGCGUCUAAGAAAAAUAUUAGCGCUGAAAACGCGGAUGAUUCAUAUCGUAAUAAUCGCGUCGCACGCGAUCGCGAUAACGUCGCUCAUCGAGACGCAAAAUCGCAACCUCUGUACAUAUAAACACGGCGGACGCUCUUAUCAACGAGCGUCUGUCGAGUGUUGAAAUUAGAAGCUGAUUAAACAUGACUUUCGACGAGGUCUCGCGGAAGGAGACGAUCAUCCCGCGGCUGUAUAAUUCGAGGCGUAAAACUAGUAUCGAAUGCUCUCCAAUCUGCGAUAUCGGCCGACGUUUAUCUCGUCCUUCGCGAAAGCGCACAAAAUCGCGAGAGUUAUAUCUCCCGCGUUUCCUCUCCCACGACCUCGCGAUGGAUCGACGAUCGGCCUUCCUGCGCUCGAGCGACCGUAUUUUUCUAGCCUCGAGGGCAUAGCUUGUAUAUCUCUAGGUAAAUUUGUAAAUAAUCGUGUAAACGCCGAUUGCGACUGCAGACUUCGUUCACACACCACGCGAUUAGCGUGGUUCUCGCGCGCGCUCUCGGAUGCAAAAGUUGGCCGGAAAGCGAGGACCACCGAAAGCCGAGAUCGUCCCUUAACUCGAACAAUCUCGCUCUUGUUCACAGCGUAAACUAAGCUUCUCUCCUAUUCCUCUGCUUUGACAGUGCCAAUGACGUAGCCAGUGUACUUCCGCGAGGGUAAAGUUGAUCGGCGACAUGAUGCAUUCGCGUUCAAAUUGUUUGCUCCGAAUACGAAGCUCUUCAGGUUCUAAGCGCGAGCACGUGACUCGGGGUUAAUACAAAGCAUUCGAUCGAGAUGCACCGGGACGGUGUUUUCAACGCUAUCCAUGUGUUAAAGUGCUGCGAAGAGCGCAAAGGGAAGAAAUUGUUCUUGCCUGGACAAUUUCGCUGGACAAAUCGGGCGGAUCCGUUUACACAGGAUUGUCAGAUUCGUAAUCCUGGAUUCACGUUCGACGUUCAUGCCGCGAUACACGUUUGUGUCUCACAGUAAUGUGGUUGUUUCGGUGUUAAAGGAAUUCCCACCCGAUAUUGCAUUCUGCAGGAGAGGACGCUAAACUGGGAGAAGCGUCGAACAGGAACGUCGAGCGUCAAACCAGUGUAACUUGAAACACGCGAGUACGAGUGUUCCUUUAAGGAGGACGGGGUCACGUGGAAGAAAGACGCGCACCAGCGAGAAAUGACUUGCGACUCGAGUCGACGUCGAUCGACGAGUCAUUUCUCACUGGGGCAGGUACGAAAAAGUUGAGUGUUCCAGCUUAGGGCUGCUUCGGCAAUAGACGCGGUGUAGUCGCAAGCCGCAAGGAAUCGGCCAAUCGACGGUCGAUUAUUCUUCUCAUAUUUGGUCGCGAUUGGUUGUUUUCUCGCCACUUGCGACUUGCCGCGUCUAUUGUAGGACCAGCCUUGGAAAAAGGACCGAUGGCUUUUUGUCACAGAAGGUGCACUCGCAUAGAAACUAUACCUAUUACGCACAUUUGUCGUUGCGGGUCAUGCAUUGUGUAUAUACAGGGUGUCUCGGGAGGAAAGGUCAAUAUUCUGGGAGGUGAUAGCACCGGUCAUUUUAAGCAAAAAUGUUCACACGAAUAUACGUCCCAUUCCCCAGUGUUUCCGCGAUAGACUCACGUAGAACAUAUUAGUCAUGAAAACCUCAAGAUGUGACAUCAUUUUUUGAUCAUUUUUCAUGCAUCAUGGUGACGUCAAAAUAUCCCACCGAGAGCACCUAUUUGUGACACCAUUAAGACAUCAAAAUGUAAAAAUGAUCUUGUUUACAAAGCAAAGUUAAUUAAAUAUUAUACAUUAAAAAUAAAUU